CAGCGAAAACAGCUGUUUAUUGACAUUUGCACUCAAUUUAAUUGACAAACUUACACAGGUCUGUUUUCCAAUUUUUACAUUAAAUUAAAAUCGCUAAAUAUGAGUAGCAAAUCAACAACUAAAACUGGUGAAAUAGUCGCUUAUAGCGAAGCAGCUAUACGUGGAAAUAUUUCUGCUGUAGAAUAUUGCCGUACAUCGAUGGCUGCGCUAUCCGGUUGUGCCGCAGGUAUUUUAGGAUUAAAUGGAUUACUUGGCUUUUUGUUCUACUUCCUAUCGGUAUUUGUGCUGUGGCUUCUAGUUUUGGCAAAAUCCGGUACACAGUGGCGUAAAUUUUUCAUUAAUCGCCAGAGCCUACUGACCAAUAACUUCAUGGGCGGCUUAUGCACCUAUGUUUUAUUUUGGACAUUCCUUUAUGGCAUGGUACAUGUGUAUUAAAGUAAUAUUUAUAAUACGAGUGUAAUUUUUUUAUAGUCAACUAAGAAACUUUAUAGGACAUACAUAUUCACUAAAAUUAAAUAUGGAUAAAACUAAAAA